GUGCUGUAUGCAGGUAUGAAAUAUCUUAUUUAUGGCUCUGGCUUCCAUCGCCUACAGAGUAGAUACGUGUGAGAUCCCCCGAAUGGUUUUUUUUUUUCUUUUUUCUUUUUUCUUUUUUUGGUUUGUUUGGCUUCUUUGCUCUAUCUUGAUUUUGAAUCUGUUAUUGAAGGAAGUCGGAAUAUGCAUCCGUCAAGGAAGAGGAACGCUUAUAAGUUUGUAAGUAUAACAAGGCUGUUAUGAGAGGAUUACCAGAUAUGACAGAUCAACUUAUUAUUGUUACUAUUAUCGUUAGAAUACGAUAUCCCCGACCGCAAGGGCCACUUUGCAACAUCCCAAGGAACAUGUAAUAUGGCACGUGCAAUAUCUAGAGCACAGAUGCGGAUAGCUACUGUAUAAGGAUUAGGGACGAAUCAGCAUAGUCCAAUGUACUCCGUA